UCAAUAUACAGAUGCUUAGCUGCAGUUCCAAGAUGAAGCUGAUUCUGAUUAUUUCCAUUACUUGGGCUCUUCUCCUCACGGUGGAAUCCUUGCACUGUUAUUCAUGUGAUCCACCAUGCUCAAGUGAAGUUAUAACCACCUGCCCAUCACAACCAGACUCAGUAUGUCUGACACAUACCCUGUUCGUUGGUAAAACAAUUACAAAGGGAAAGUACUGCACACAAUCGGUGGAGUGCAGAACACGUUUGAACGUUCAGCUGGAUUAUUCACUUAACUUCGGUAUCGAUCCGAUGUCUGAAUCUGUGCUCUGCUGUGACUCAGACGGCUGCAACAAACAGACUCUACCUGUCCCCAGUCAAGAGCCAAACGGCCUACAGUGUGAUUCCUGCAGCAACUACUCAGACACUGUGUGUAACACCCCGGCAAACUGUGUCGGACUGGAGGAUACUUGUGCUGUUGUCAACGUAAGCACGGGUGUCGUCAAGGGCUGUAUAUCCUCCAAUUUGUGCAGUGUGUCUUUGAUGGCCACUUUUUUGGCUUCUGCAACUGAAGAUGCGAUUUCUUGCAGUCGUGGGAAGAAUAUCGCAGGCAACAAUACCGGUGUGCAGAAUAUCAUACUCUCUACUGCUGGUUCUGUGACUACCACCCACCUCUUUACUAAAGAGGUGACUACCCAAGCCCAAACUACUGAUUCGAAAAAUACAGCCCCUUCUACUGGUCCACUGAGUGUGGUUCUCAUGCCAGUGUGGCUUACUAUGAUGGUCAAAUUUACCUACUAAAUACAGUUCACUUGCUUACAGUUUUUUAGGACCUAUUUUUAACUAAGACCUAUUUUUCAAUACUCAGGCCACCUUUUCAGAACUCUUCAUACAAUUCUCCUAAGCAACUUUCAGCUUGGCACAGGAGUUGUUUUCCCAUUCAAAAUGCGCUUAAACUGCCAUUACACUUUAUACGUGUUUAUAGAUAGAUUGAGAUAGAUGUCUACUUUAUUAAUCCCGUGGGGAAAUUCAGGUAUCUCCCACAGCUUUCAUAUUUACAAUUACAUACAAUAUGUACAGACAAUACAAUACAAACAGACAAUACAAUGAGUUAUGUAUAUUGUAGGUGUAUAGUGAAAAAACAGUGUGAAGUCAUAUAUUAGAGUUUCAUGACAGCUGGGACAAAGGAACUACUAAGACUCUAAGUUCGAGAACGUAGGGUGUUGAGCCGCCCGCUACGGACACUGCUGCAUAUAUCUAACACUAGCAAAGGUUAUCAACCAGCAAGCACACUUUGUCAAUCAUAAAGUAUUGACCUAUAAACAAUGACAACAGGUAGUAUUACACAAUGUUAUCUUUAGCAAAACGUCUUUACAAAACAAGAAUGACACCACUCUACUGUUUAGCAUACCCUGCGGUAUAACGUAAAAGAGUGAAUUAGACAUCAUUCAACAUGUCAAAGUUCUUUUUUUCCCCUUAAUUCUUCACACUGGGUGAUUCAAAAAUACAAUGCAGUCAUUUGUACACCCUGUACCGAUACAGUAACAACGCUAGGCAGCUCUGUCUACUGCAUUUGGUCACAGGUUCUCAUCCACAUCACAUAUUAUGUCAUCUUGGGCAACACACCUAGGAAAAAAAACUUUGGGCAUGGCUGGUCUAUCCCUGAUUAUCUUCUGCCGAUAUGUCCAGGCAACCAGGAUUCAUUGUGUACAAUGGGAAUCAGCCUUGGAAUGUUGUAAUUGUUUAGAUGGUAUUUAAUAUAUAUUUUGAAAUAAAUAUAAAUACAAUAUUAUUGUAUAAAUGUAGCCAAUUGCUGUCUAUUGAAUUUUGUAUCAUGUUAGAUUUAGGACUUAAGUAAGUUAAAGUUUUGAAAAGAGUAUGUAAACGUGUAAAUUGACUUGUGGGUACAUAAAGUUUUGGUGGUGGUUGUGUCUGAGUGAGAAAAUAAUUAACUUGAUUAGUCAAUUAA